GAAGCCACGAAAAACUAUACUGAUUGCUAGAUUGGGCAUUGCGCAAAAGGUGAUAAGUGGUUUAAUCGUAAAUAUAUACUGUUUAAUAUACGAACAAACGUUCGCCAUCCCCAAUCUGCCACCUUUCGACCGUAUUUUGUCAUCCCUAUUCUGCCAUCCCCAAUAUGACCUUUAUGUUACCACCACUAUAGAGGGUCUGUAUUGACGGACCGCUAGCGGGAACGUUUAAAAUCAUUUCGUUUGUACAGUUCCCGAGUUCAAAGCACUGAAGUGAAUGCUGUUGUCUGGUUGUGCUCUUGAGUUUUAACUUUCAUUUCGGUUUUCGGGACUCUGGGUUUUUGUUUAUACCAUUGGGAUUUUGGUGUUACUGUGCAGAAUCGUGUACUGAAAUGUCGUUUCACAAGGGGAGACAGAAAAAAGAAUCAAAAUCGCUGAAUCUUCGUGUUGUAAAGGAAAAGCAGAAAUUAUGGUUUCAAAACCUGAUUAUUUUAAAAUUUCCUUGCACUUCAAUGGCUGAAAAGUACAAAAUGACAUUUCAUUGUGGAAUGUUUGAUAAACCUAACAAAGCUGGAUUUGAAAUCAUUUGUCAUUAUUUGUUUACAAAGCUUGACAAAGCGAAGUCAACUGAACUUUUCAGACUGUGUUACCCUGUAUCAGAUAAAAAAGCAUGUCAGCAAUUUCGAACAGUUUGUCUGAACUGGUGGAAAAGAUUAUCGGAGGAACACCCAAGGUUCAAUUUUCCACGAGUUACCAACACAUUACUUAUGAGCCCGACCGGUGCUGAAGUUUAUAAAAUUUUAUUUUAUUUUUCCAACUUCGUCCUUUUCAUGGAAUCAAGGAGACUUGAUCGUUCUGUCAAUGGAAAAGGGCAAGAAAGCACAAUUUUACCUCCAGAUAUGAAACAAACAAUUGAAGGAUUGAAUCCCGCUCGAGUGAUUGCUUUGAAAAUCGCUGCUCAUAGUGAGAGUGUGAAGAUGAUGCACACUAUGCAAAUUUCAAAACAAUCUGAUUUGGAGGCAAAUAAACUUGCAAGUUCCAUGCUUGAUGAAUACAGAGAUAAUGUUAAAUUGAAGAAACAUUUAGAGCAAAAGAAAAAAGAAUUACUUAGCAAAUUGCAUAUACCAGCAGAAAGACUUUCUGCGAAAGGAACUCCCUCCAGAAGUCAUUCCGUACCUCAAACACCAGAAAAAUUUUUACUUUUAAGAACUAACAAUUCUGAAGCAACUGUGAGAAAAUUAUGGAAGAAUUUGUUAACGGCUGUUGAGAAUACACAUGAUGAGAGAGAAAUUGUGCAAUCAAUAUUAAAUAUGAAUGGGGACACUAAAGGAUUGAAUGCGGCAGAACUUGCUCCUAAAGUGCCUGCAAUAUUGCUGCAGCAAUGUACCAACAAAGUUUAUAAGAGUGUGGGAACGAGUCUCUAUGAAGCUGGACAAUUAAAUCUUUGUGGCUUGAUGAAACUUUUCAAUCUAUCCUUACAUUUACUCAUUGAGAAAUUACAUGAAGUUGGUGUUCCCAAUUUCGAGGGCCAGCUUCCUUACAUCAAGGCACAAAGUCAUAUAUGUGAAGAAAAUAUCAAGUCAUUGAAUACAAUUCGGAAAAAAUUGAACGAAAAUGCUCCUGAGACUGCUAAAAAGAUCAAAAAAUUAACUUCAAGAGUAGAUGAUUUACACAGAAAUCGAGAAAGAUCUCGCCAGGAAUCUUCAAUUGCUGGAUUACCUAAACCAAUGUUUCAAAGCAGUGAGAUUGAAGAAGAUAAUUGUAAUGAUAAUACAGAUGAUCUUGGGAUUCUACCGCUCACACCUCCAUUUCAGUUUUCUGAUCAUGCAGUGCCAACACCUUCAAUUUUUCCUAAAAAUAAAGAUAUUCCAAAAGAAAAAUUAUACAACUUUGUUUUGCCCGGUGAUCUACCUUCAGUAGCAUCAGAAGUUCCAUCCACAAUUGAAUCCACCUCGAACCAUGAAGAUAUUAAUAAAAGUGAUACUUCUUUAAAACAAGGAGCAUUGGAAAUUGCAUUAUCAACUUCCCCUAAGACUUUGAAGAAAGCUGAUAAGCCUGUUGAAUCCCUUUUGCGAAAAAGAAUGCUGAAACAAAACUUUGGAAGAUCAUCAGGUUUGCCGAGGCCUGCAAAUAAGAAUUUGAUUGGAGGAACAAAACCUUCUUCAGUUCCAUCAACUCCAGUUGCCAAAAAGAUCGAUACUACGAUAGAAAAAGUUACCUCAAGAACACCAGAGGCUGUUCGCAAUUUAGUCAAUCAAGUGGUGGAUUACACGAUGCUUGAAAUGUCUGUACAACCUGGAUAUAAACCAUCUGAUACAAGUCCUGUCAUAACUGGCUUAACCCCUACACUUCUUGAUAUAUCAUCUCAACUAGAUAUGACUGUAUUUGAAACGCAAAACAGGAUAGGAAGAACUCCACCUGGUAUAUUUAAUUACAACUCACCUUCAACCCUGGUUCCAGAAACAGUGAAUCCAGUUUCCGAAGUUCAAACGAGUUCAACUUCAUUGGUAAAAACAAAAGACUCCCCUGCCAACACUGAAAGCGAGAAUAUAUCUGAAGACAAUUUUGCGCCCUUAGAUGAUCGCUUACUUAACAAUCUAAGAACACCGUGCCGUCCACUCAAUCAAACUUUCCCAACCCAUAUGCAGUAUGCUACACCUGGCAAUCUCAAAGAUAUCAAUUAUACACAAUGUCCAAAUAUCAUGGAUAUACGAUCUCCAGAAUGCAACAUAUCAGACAGUUCCUUUGACUCCUUAAAUACAGCCGAGACCCCUGACUCCUUAAAUACAGCCGAGACCCCUGGGUCCCCACUUCCUGAUGUUCCAAUCGGUAACUUGAUUGAUUUUUAAGUUUAUCAUUGGUAUAUCAAUUAUACACAUUACACAAUGUCCAAAUAUCAUGGAUAGAGGAUCUCCAGACAGUUCCUUUAACGUUAAGUACAGCUGAGAAUUUUGGGUCCCCACUUCCUGAUGGUGAUUCAAUUGAUUUUUGAAUUUUGCGUUUAUGUUCUAGUAUAAAAGUGUUAAAUAAAAUAUUUCAUCAUUAUCAUUGAA